AUGAGCGUCAGCUGCGGAAAUUUAAAUUUUGUUGAACGGGUCCUGGCGGCAGACACCGCAUCUCAGCAGGAGAGACUCCAGGCCAUCGCGGAGCGGCGGAGGAGGCAGGCGGAGAUUGAGAGCAAGAGGCUGCAGCUGGAGGAUGACAGGCGGCAGCUACAGCACCUGAAGUCCAAGGCGCUGCGGGAACGCUGGCUGCUGGAGGGGACGCCAUCGUCAGCCUCGGAGGGGGACGAGGACAUGCGGAGGCAGAUGCAGGAGGACGAGCAGAGGGCCCGGCUCCUGGAGGGGUCCAUCUGCAGGCUGGAGAAGGAGAUUGACGCGCUGGAGAACAGAGAGGUGGCCCCCUCCACGGCAAAGGAGAACGCAGCCGUCCCCAGCCCAGCCCGAGAGGAGCCCAAGGCCAAGGUGGUGCUGAAUUCACAGCAGACAGCCGGGGCCGGCACGCCCAAAGCAGAGCAGCGAGUCUCCAACACCCCAGUGCGCACAGCCGAUGGCUCCACCAUGAUGAAGGCAGCCAUGUAUUCGGUGGAGAUCACAGUGGAGAAGGACAAGGUGACCGGGGAGACCAGGGUGCUGUCCAGCACCACGCUACUCCCCCGGGAGCCACACCCACAGGGCAUCAAGGUCUACGAGGACGAGACCAAAGUGGUCCAUGCCGUAGACGGCACCAUAGAGAAUGGGAUCCACCCGCUCAGCUCCUUGGAGGUGGACGAACUCAUCCACAAGGCGGACGAGGUCACCCUGAGCGAGGCGGCAGCCGCAGCCGCGGCAGCGGCAGAGACCCGGGGGACAGCGGCGGUGGCGGCGGAGGAGACCGUGCGGACCACACCAUUGAGGCGAGAGAUCACCGGGGUCCAGGCCCAGCCUGGCGAGGCCACCUCAGGCCCGGCCAGCAUCCAGGCUGGCCAGGAGCCUCCGGUCACCAUGAUCUUCAUGGGCUACCAGAACGUGGAGGACGAGGACGAGACCAAGAAGGUGCUGGGGCUGCAAGACACCAUCACAGCCGAGCUGGUGGUCAUCGAGGACGCCGCUGAGCCCAAGGAGGCCGCGCCGCCCAACGGCAGUGCCCCGGAGGCCACUGCCACCCCGAGCUCCCGGGAAGAGGACCAGGCCGGGCCCGAGGCCACCACCAGCGACCCCCAGGACCUCGAUCUGAAAAAACAACGCUGUAAAUGCUGCUCAGUCAUGUGAGCCGGCCUGGCCCCCCGAGACCCCGGCCCCUGCCCUGCGUGACAC